AUGAACGCGUUUAACGACGUCAUUCUUUUUGAGAAGCUAUCGAAGCUGAAUGCAUCGCAGCAGAGCAUUGAGACGCUCUCCCAUUGGUGCAUUUUCCACCGGAAGCGCGCCGACCAGGUGGUGCAGACAUGGCAGAAGCACUUCGCGAGCACGUCGCAGGAUCGCAAGUUACCACUGCUGUACCUCGCGAACGACAUUCUGCAGAACAGCCGCAAGAAGGGCCCCGAGUUCAUUCAGGAGUUCUGGCAGGUGCUGCCCUCCGCGCUCCAGGACCUCGUGCGCGUCGGCCCCGACAGCACGCGGAAAUCAACCCUCCGCAUCGUACGUCGUUCCAGUUGCACCGCAUUCCAGAUCAGUGGUAGUAGCGGAGUGUACCCGGAAAUUUGGGUGGACAUAUGGGAGGAGCGCAAGGUGUUUGGGCAGCGCGACGAGCCGCUGAGGAAGCUGCUGCUGGGGGAUCUCGCCACCGCGCCGCCCGCCACGUCAGCCGCUCAGGCGGACGAGCAGCCAGCCGCGGGAGCCGCUUCCACGGCCAAGGUGCGCGGGCCACUGGAGCGCAUAUCGUCUGUCUAUGGCGCGGUGCAGGAUGCGAGCAAAGACGAGGACACGGCGGUGCGGCGCUGCAGCGCCAUAAUCAACGAGCUACAGACCAUUGAGAAAGAGUUGACAGCACUGAAGUCGCCCGCCAAUGCGUCAGAGGCUGACGAGAGGGCAGUGGUGUUGGACAGGCUGGACACCAAGAGGCACGUGCUGCAGCAGUGCUGCGACCAGAUGGCUGCGUGUGAGCGCAAGCGAGCGCUGCUGGUGAAGCUGCUGACAGACGCGCUCCGGACGCAGGAGAGCAAGCUGGAGCGCCUGAGAUCGCAGGUGGAGGGACGGGUCACUUCUCUGUCUCUCUUCAUCGCCGAUCGCACGCACGCAGUGGAAGAUCGCAGCCAACCUGCGCGAGCGAGGCACGGAGGGGGACGCUGCUGCUCGUCUUAUGAGCUUUUGUUCCCCUCCUCAUUGUAUCCCUACUCGUGUGUGCCACCCAUGUGUACAUUACGAACUGACCCCUGCUCACUGCAGAUCGCGCGCACGCAGUCGGAGAUAGCAGCCAACCUGCGCAAGCGAGCCACAGAGGAGGACGCUGCCCGUGCCUCUGCAGGCCUCACUGCUGCAGCCAACCCCUCCGCUGUUGCGGCUGCUGCCCCGGCCACCACUGCUGCUGCACCAACACCAUCCGCCUCAGCAUUCUUUGCAGCCCCACAGGGCACUCCUGCAGCAGCUUCUUCUGCUGCUACUGCUGCUCCUGCUGCUGCUGCCCCCGCCUUCGUUCUUCCCGGCUUCCAACCUCCCCCAGGCACGCCUCCUGAGAUGGUUGCUGCUGCUGCUGCAGCCGCUGCCGCCGCCGCUGCUGCAGUGAACAGCUCUCAAGCCUCUACCCCUGCUGCUGCUGCCGCUGCCGCUGCUGCCGCCGCUGCUUCUGCUGCGGCUGCCGGCAAUCCUGGUUUGCCGGCUGGUCUUGCUGCAUCGGCAGGCGCGGGUGCCGGAGCUGGUGGGGUUACCGACGCUGAGCGGGAGGCUCGGCGGAAGCGGGCGGCGGAGCUGACGAGCCAGCUGGUAGCUUCGGCAUCAUCUGCCGCAAUUUUAAAAUCCGUUCUUUCGUCGUUUGCGGCUGGGCAAUCAGUAGCAGCAGGAGCCGCCGCCGCCGCUGCUGCUCCGGCUGACGCUGCUGGUGCAGGUGGCGGGGGGGAUGGUGGUGGUGGCGGUGGUGGGGGGUUACAGAUUCCAGGAGCACCAGUUUCUGGGGCAGAUGCUACAAACGACCCUUCUCAGCCACCUGAGAAGCGGCUGCGACCCACCGAUACAAGCACACAGCCUCUAUCACACUCGUUUGCAGCUCCUCCCGCCACUGCCGCUGCCUUUGCUUCCCCGAACGAUGCAAUGUUCCCCCCGCCCCCACCCCCACUGAACAUGGAUGGCAUGUCGUUCCCCCCCUUGCCCCCUCCUCCCCCUCUCCCUUCUCAAUCCCCUCCUCCCCAACAGACCUCUGCUGCCAUGCCUCAGUAUUCUCUCGCUCCCCCUCCCCCUCCCUACACUGCUUAUCCUCCCAAUGCUGCCACUGGCGCUCCCCCCCCUGCGUAUAAUGUUCUAGGGCAGGGAAAUGGGGGUUAUCAGGGGCAAGGACAGAUGGGGCCAGGGGAAGGGGGUGUGCAAGGGGGUGAUUUUUCGGGGCAAAAUGGGGGAGUGUACAAUGCGGGGAGCAUGCCGUCUCAACAGUACAUGUACGGUCAGGCACCGAUGCAGUAG